ACCUCCAGGGAUUGCUUCACCUGCAGCCAGCACCGAGCGCUUCCUCCGAGGCGAACCGCCGGGCCCGACGCUGCGGACAGGUGUCCGAACAUGAGCGCCGACGGCCGCUGACUGCAGCCCGCCUCCAUCCAGGACCAACUCUCUCUGCGGCGCAGGGGAAAGCGGCGAGUGUUUUCCCCGCGCCGCCGCGGGGGGACGUGCGCUAAGUAACGGAGGACACAAACAUGCAGUAGGCGGCAUCCAGGUCCGCCGCCACGCCAGAGCGCUCCCACCGGACCUCCGCGUACCUGCUGAACUUUACCCCACCCCCGCCGCUCCUUGACGCGAUGGCAGCCGCCACUCUCGGGGAAGUUGGAGGCGUCCUGCACGGCAUCGACGGCGUCGUCCACGUCGGCUCCCAUUUCGUCCUCACGCCUCCAGGGGACAGGCCGCCUCUACUAGGGGAGCACCACCUCGCCCCCGGGGACAGGCGGUACCUGCCGACCACGCCGGAUCUGAAGCACUUAAAGGGCAUUCUGAGGAGGCGGCAGCUGUACUGCAGGACGGGGUUUCAUCUGGAAAUACUCCCGGACGGCACGGUGCAGGGGACCAGGAAGGACCACAGUCGCCAUGGUAUUUUGGAAUUCAUAAGCCUCGCUGUGGGACUGAUAAGCAUAAAAGGAGUGGACAGCGGGCUUUACCUGGGCAUGAACGACAAAGGGGAGCUCUAUGGCUCUGACAAGCUCACAGCCGAGUGCGUCUUCAGGGAGCAGUUUGAGGAAAACUGGUACAACACCUACUCCUCCAACCUCUACAAACACGGAGACAAAGGGACGCGUUACUUUGUGGCUUUGAACAAGGACGGGACUCCAAGGGACGGGACCAAGUCCCGACGGCACCAGAAGUUCACGCACUUCCUGCCCAGGCCCGUGGACCCGGAGAGAGUGCCGGAACUGUACAAGGAGAUCCUGGGACACAGCUGAGACGGCAAAAAGUCCCCUGAUCAGGGAGGAGCUGCUUGAACUGCCCCUGUUCGGCAGGGUGCGAAAUACUAAUAGAAUAAAAGAAAAGAAGCAAAAACAAAAGCGAGGCCGAAGACGAUGCCUUGGCGCAGGCAUGGCGGACCAUGACAGGCAACUGGGGGGCCGAUGAGGAGGAGGAAGAGGCCUCUCGUAGGAAUGCACAGUGGCCAUCAUCUCUCUCAGCGGCCACGAAGACAGGCGAGAAUGCUUCGGCAUGAGGGGCUCGUUUGUUCCGGAGGCCGGACCGUCCCGUCCCAAGAGGAGCCCAGGGGGGACGAGCAGGGAAGAGCCCAGGAGCCCCGCUGCAGAUCUGCAUGGCGAUCCUUUUUUUCUUUUUCUUUUUGUUUUUUUGAGUGAGAACCUGCUGUUGGUUGAGAAGGACUUUGAAGGAAUUCGUUUUUUUUGUUGUUGUUUUUUUUAUCUCAGACGUGUGUCGAGACAUUUUGAAAAAUGUAAAAGUCUAUUUAUUCUUUUUUUUUUAGAUACACAUAUUUAUCUUUAUAUAUUUAUUUAUUGGAGAAUAUAUUUUUACAGGUAGAAUCACGCCAUAUAGAAAAAAAACAAAAACCAAUCCCCACUUGGAACCGUGUCAACUAUAUGAAGACGGAGACGAUAUAUUUAUAUUUUAUCUUUAUACCUGGAAAAAUAGCCGUUUUACCCAGUGAUGCUCUGUAAUUUGACCAAAUUUUAAAACUUGUUGAAAGACUCCCCCAAUUUGACAUGUACUCUCUCCAAGCUUUUCAUUGUAUGUCUCCUUUUAAUGAGUGCUUUAUGGCCAUGCUGUUGUAAGGCGUCACACAGGGACGCCACCAUUCAAUGCUGACUCAAAAUUAAACGCUGUCACAAUAUUUACCCCAAAAAAAUGAAAAAUGAUCCAAAUCGAUUUAUUAGUGCAAAUUUUAAAACAUAAUUCUUCUUCCAAACUUGAAAACAAUGUGACAAAUCUUUCAGGUGUAAU